GCGUGUGCGAGAGCAGGAGGAUAGAUGGCGCUGUCGAGGAGGGCGUGGGUCGCCGCCGGCCUCGCCGCGCGGCUGCUGAUGCUCGCCGUCCUGGCCAUGGCCGUGCAGUCGAGGUACUCCAACAAGGUCCGCUACGACUUCAAGGGCGCCGGCUACGACAACGAGCUCCAGAGCUACACGUACGCGGUGGUGGCGGCGGCCGUCGGGAUGGCCGGCAGCCUGCUGCAGAUCCCCGUCGCCGUGUACCUCCUCUGCAAGAGCAAGCGGAUGACGCCCAGCACCCUCAUCCUCGACGCCAGCACCUACGCCGACAUCGUGGUCACCGCGGUUCUGGCCAGCGGCGUGGGCGCGGGGUUCGCCGCCACCGGCGAGCUCCUGUACUACAUGGAGCACGCCUGCUCGCCGUGGAAAGACGACGCGACCAAGGACCUCAAGAGCUACUUCCGCAAGGCGAACAUCGCCACCGGCUUCCUCCUCAUCGGCAUGGUCCUGUCCCUGUGCGCCGCCGUCGUCUCCGUCAGGCUCCGGGUCAGGGCGAGCGACGACGUCGACGACGCCUGACCAGCCGGCUCGGUCGAUCCACAGGCCGGCGUGCAUAUGAUCAGAUCAACUCGGGCGGCGUGCGUUCUUCGUUUCCUAACCGGAGGAUUAUUAGUUGAAGAACGCAUGCCUUGUUUCUGGUAAUGUAGGGAGGAUUGUGACGCGUCCAAAGCAAAAGCAAAGAUUUCUUAUAACGACUCACUCUAUUCAUAGUGGAAGUUCGUCAGGUUUAUUAUCCUUUCUUUACCAAUGAUUUUCUUAUAUUAGUGAGCGGUGUAACAUAGUAAGUUUGAUUCAGUUUUUCAGAACCUGGUUAGUCAUCAACUUGAUGCAACUUAUUCAGAGUCUGAGCUGCCAUGACACCAUCGUCAACGAUGGUCCAGGCUUUCUUAUUUCUUAUGAAAAUUAAGAUUCUGUGCUGCU